AUGGCAAGCGCCGCCACUGCUGUCCCUCUGUCUAAUGCGGCGCCUAGCGUUCCCAAGUCGCCGCCCUUGGACGACUUCGACAUUGCUGUCAUCUGUGCCCUGACUAUCGAGGCCAACCCUGUUGUGGCUCUCCUGAAGCCGAAAUACGACAACAGUAGCCUGGAGAUCCCGUCCGCCGACUACGUCACCUACAAGACGGGCGUGCUGGGCGGGUGCAAUGCGGUUAUUGCUUUCCUGCCCGAGGCCGGCAAGAGCAGUUCAGCCUCAGUCGCGGAGAGUGUGCGGCGCACCUUCCCCCAAAUUAAGCUCGCGCUUGUCGUCGGCAUAUGCGGGUGCAUCCCUUUCAUAGAUGAGGAUGACGAGAAGAUCGAGGUUAUCCUCGGAGAUGUCGUAAUAAGCCAGGGAAUCGUGCGCUACGACUAUGGAAAGCACACGCCCGACGGCUUCGAGCUCAAGACCUUGUCCCGCGACGCUCUCGCCAGGCCCAGCCGGCGGCUCCGCUCGCUCAUGGCCAUGGUUCAGAUGCUCGACAGCCGGGAUCGGCUGGCCUCCAAGAUGGACGAAAACCUGGAGGUGCUGCGGAAGGGCCACCCAGGGCUCCGGGCAUCGUACCCUACGGCGAGUGCGGACGUGCUAUACCGGCCCUCCUACCGCCAUCAAAAGAAGGGCAUGUCGUGCAGCGAAGCCGGCUGCGGCCUGGACGGUGGUUCUCGACCAUCAGAGCCCAGGGUGCACUUUGGCUGGACGGCAUCGGCCGACAAAGUCAUGAGCGACGGCAAGGAGCGUGACCGGGUGGCUGGCUCCUUGAAGACUGUGAACUUCGAGAUGGAGGGUGAGGGCGUGGCGGAGAAGUUUCCCGAUUGUAUCGUAAUCAAGGGCGUUGCGGAUUAUGCCGACAGUCAUAAGGACGAUGGCUGGCGUCGGUACGCGGCGGCCACGGCGGCUGCCUGUGCCAGUGCCUUCCUCACAGAGUUCUGGAGCUACUGUUCGAUUUUGAAGGGAUGCCGUACACUGAAAGCUUUGUCCCCCGACCUAACGAUAUGGCCGCGAUUCUCCAUCAACUCCUGCCUGACCCGCCGGUCUGGAGUCAGAAAGCUCUAUGUCCUCAACGGCAUGGGUGGUAUCGGCAAGACGCAGCUGGCUCUGAACUUUGCCUAUGAGUACCGGGACGAGCUCGACGCUGUAUUUUGGGUUGAGGGCCAUGACGAGACAAGCCUCAAAUCGGGCCUUGCGGGUUGCCUCAAGCGUAUCCCUCAGGGACACCUCCCCGGGUCGCGCCAGGACAAUAAUCGAUGGCUUUUGGUCCUGGACAAUGUAGACAAGAGGUGGAAGGACCCCAGCCACUCCGGGAGCGCCGAGAAUGGCGCUGGUUCGGUUCCGAGAACGUGCGACGCCGAUCCCGAUAUGGGCGCCUAUAACUUGCAGUCAUACAUUAGCGCGGAUCAUGGGUCGAUCCGGAUCACCAGCCGACUCAACAGCAUUCCUGGUCUCAGCGUAGGAUCGCCGCUGCAAAAAGCCGAUGCUACGCUCUCGCGAGACAUUUUCAACAAAUGGCGCUUCUUGGGCCAAUACCCUCCUCCCCUUGGCGCUGGUGACGAUGAGGCUGUCGUCGAGAUUCUCAAGCGACUCGAUGGUCUUCCUCUGGCGCUGGCCGCAGCUGGCUCAGGAGAUUGCGCACGUUUUGCGCUAUGCUUCGUGGAUCCCGAGCUGGUUUACCUGGCGGCAAGGUCACAUAGGACCAGGAACAGCAGCCGCUGGGGAGAUAUUCUGCCUUUGUCCGAAAGGGUAGUCCCGCACGCCGUCCGGGUGGCCAGUCAGCUAGAUUCUAUCCCUAGGGACGCCUGGUCACAUAAUAUCCACCCUCGCUAUUUCCAGGACGAGCUGUUGCCUAGGGUUGCUUCCCUACUGGUCGCGUUUGGUCGUCCUGGAUCCGCAGAGGCCAUAUUGGGGAUGGGUAUCGGCCGCUCCAUUGACACCAAAGUCAUAGUCGAUGACUUUACGCCGGCGCACAUUAUUUCGCAUGAGUGGCUAUUUAGAGGUCUUGCUGAUGCCUACAUAUCCCAAAAGCAGAACCAGCCAGAAGCUGAGAAUAUCCUGCGGCGAAUUCUUCGCGCCCAUGUCUCAAGGUCAAGUUCUUCCUGGGACUACGAAAACAUAUCCGUAGCAAUGCCGAUGCUAGGAGAUCUCUAUGUAGAGCAGAGGAGAUACAAAUAUUUGGGCGCGGGUCUGUCUGAGCUCGGGAUGAUCGCAAUCGAGAACGGCCAGUUCCAACGGGCAAAGGAGCUCUUCGAAGUUUCCCCGAAGUUUGUUUUCGUGCAGUACGGCCCAGAUAGCAGAGUCACGCUAGAAGCCAUCAAGACCCUCGCGCAGCUCUACCGAUCGGACAACCUCGAGGAAGCAACGUCAUAUGCCGAACACGCACACGACGGCCUAAUCAAACUAGAUGGAAUUUCUCGGCCGCCGACAGUCAGUUCAGCUGUGGUUCUCGCUGCCAUCUACAACGACUUGAGCCGAUCGGACGACGCCAUUCGGUUGCUUGAUUCGGCGUUGGAGGCUAUCGACGCUUCAUCCUUUGAGAGCGCAGAGGCUCUGCGCCUGUACGCGCUGUACGAGCUCGCGCGAGCUCGAGCAAUGCAAAGAUGUGUGUCUUCUGCGGAAGAUAUAAUCUGCACGGCAUUGGAGGGGUUAAGCGCGCCGCUUGAAGACCCGGUGUUCGAAGAGCAUUGUGCGGACUUUUUGCAGUCGAUAGAAUCGCAGAGGGAUUAG